AUGCAGACCGAUUCGCUGGUAAGGAUCCCGUCGACCGCAUGGGAACAACUGAGGGAUUUAUUCGUACAAGAUUGGCCUCGGCACGAGAUAGCCUUCAAUAAUCUGCAAAAUUAUAUAAGCUGGGCGGCACGCGAUCCACAGACUAUCGGUACCCUUGAAGUGUACAGUUUAAAUGGCACCUGGAUUGAAAAUGGAACCUACAUCAUUAUUGAUAACACGAACGUGUUCAUGUACACCCUGGACACUUCGGAACAGACGCUCAGACGAAUGCUGCAGCUGCUUGACUGGCACCGCAGUUAUCUCAUGAACAUGUGCCUCUACCGUGAUACGGUGGCGGAGGUGUACCGUUUAAACCAGCUGGAUGUGGAGUACGAGAGUUUCGAUAGCAUCUAUUACCUAACGCGAACGAUGGCACUUAAUUUUCACUUCGAGGUUCCGUUGGGAAUGUCCCUGAAACGUAUAGCGCCACAAUUUGCAGCAUUCAUUUACAACCAGUGGGUGCAUAAAGUCGCAGGUACACAGAACAUGAUCGAACAGAUGCUCCGUAUGAACGAUUCGAUGGGUCUGUUCUUGGACGGAGCACGCGAACCAUUGGCAUGGUGUAUAAGAACACAGAACGGAGCCAUCGGAUUGCUGGGAGUCGUUGCUAAAAGGAAAGGAUUUGGUUCGCUGGUAGUUAAGGCGUUGGCACGGCAGCUGGCACACCAGGGACACAACGUGUAUGCCAGUGUAAGCUUUACCAAGGAGGCCUCUAUGAAACUGUUUGAAAAGUUAGGCUUCCAAGUGGUUGGCAAAGUGAAUUGGAUAAAAAAUUGUGGAAAGCAAUAA